UGAUUUUCCUUGCAUUCCGCAAUGGCGCUAACCUUUGAAAUUGACAGCCAUUUUUAGGCGUCUAAUUCAUACCCGUUUCCUUCUCCUUCCUAAAUUUAGCCAAACACAAAAACUUGCGAAUCUGUGCUCAAUGUUUCUUUCUAUGUUUAUUCUCUUCGAAUUUCUUCGAACAAAAGACAAACACCAUCUAACUUGUUUCCCUUUCUGCGUCGUGCCAUUCCAUUGUGCUGGAAGAUGCACCACAACCUUGCAAGGUUGUGGAUUGCUUUGCUUGCGGUCUCAACCACGCUAGUUCAUUGCAAAACUGCCUCCCAAGAUGUUUCAGCCCUUAAUGUGAUGUAUACCAGCUUAAAUUCUCCUUCACAACUGAGUGGCUGGAAAUCAAGUGGAGGUGAUCCUUGUGGCGACUCCUGGGAGAGAAUAAAAUGCUCAGGCUCAUCUGUCACAGAAAUAAAUUUAUCUGACCUGGGACUUACUGGAUCAAUGGGCUACCAGCUGUCUAGCUUAACAUCAGUUACUUAUUUUGAUUUGAGCAACAACAACCUCAAGGGUGAUAUACCGUAUCAACUUCCUCCAAAUGCUCGUUACAUAGAUCUUUCUAAGAAUGGCUUCACUGGAGGUGUACCUUAUUCCAUUUCUCAGAUGAGUGACCUCAACCACCUAAAUCUUGGACAUAAUCGGCUCAAUAACCAGUUGGGAGACAUGUUCAAGAAACUCACUAAACUCAAACAACUGGAUUUAUCAUUCAAUUCAAUGUCAGGAAACCUGCCUCAGAGUCUUAAAUCACUCUCAAGCCUCAAGAAGUUGCAUCUGGAAAACAAUCAAUUCUCUGGUUCUGUAAAUGUUCUUGCAAACCUUCCACUUGAAGAAUUGAAUGUUGAAAACAACAAAUUUACUGGCUGGUUUCCUGAGGAGUUAAAGGAUAUAAAUAGCUUGGAAACUGGAGGAAACUCUUGGUCAACUGGGCCAGCACCUCCUCCUCCUCCUGGUACACCCCCUAUCAAGCAUUCUGAGAAAAAGAAGAAUGAAAAAUCUGUUGUUAGUGGAGUAGCUAUAGCAGGCAUAGCUUUUGGUGUUCUGGCAAUAAUUAUAAUUGUCAUUGCUCUUUCAAAAAAAAGGUCAUCUUUAAGGUCAUCUUUACCUUCUUCACAUUUUAUGGAUGAAGAGAAGAAUAGUCAGCGUAGAUCUUUUACACCCCUUGCAUCUCAGGAGUUAUCCAAAGAUUCGGGUGCUGAUGUCAGCAAAGAAUACAAAGGAUUUAAGUCAUUGGACUCCACUUCAAUUGACAUAAAGACUUUGCAAAAAGCUCCAUCAAUUGAUGUUAGGUCAUCAAUCUCUGAUUGUGUGCAAUCUUUUAAUGACAUUGAGUUUGCAAAUCGUCUAAAUGCUAGAAGAAGCACAUCAAUCCGUUGUAUUCCUUUUUCAUUGGCAGAGUUGCAGACUGUUACUGCUAAUUUUGCUUCAGGUCGACUUCUUGGCGAAGGAUCCAUUGGACGUGUUUAUCGGGCCAAAUAUGCUGAUGGAAAGGUAUUGGCUGUGAAAAAAAUCAACUCUUCACUUUUCCAUGGUGGCCCUCCUGAGGAAUUCUCUCAGAUUGUUUCAAACAUCUGGAAACUUCACCACCCAAAUAUUGCUGAGCUUGUUGGUUAUUGUUCAGAACAGGAACACAUGUUAAUAUAUGAUUAUUUCAGAAACGGCUCUCUCCAUGACUUUUUACACUUAUCAGAUGACUUCAGCAAACCACUCACUUGGAACACCAGAAUCAGAAUUGCAUUGGGAACAGCUCGGGCUGUUGAGUACCUACAUGAAAUUUGUUCUCCAUCUUUAGUUCACAAGAAUAUCAAGUCCUCCAAUAUUUUGCUUGACACGGAUCUGAAUCCUCGUCUCUCAGACUAUGGUUUGGCAUCCUUCUAUCAGCGUACUAGCCAAAAUCUUGGGGCAGGAUAUAAUGCACCAGAAUGCACAAAACCUUCAGCCUAUACCCUGAAAAGUGAUGUAUACAGUUUUGGGGUAGUCAUGCUGGAAUUAUUGACAGGUCGAAUGCCUUUAGACAGUUCAAAGCCAAAACCAGAACAAUGUCUCGUUCGUUGGGCCACCCCACAGCUUCAUGACAUCAAUGCGUUGGAAAAAAUGGUUGACCCUGCCUUGCGGGGACUUUACCCUCCUAAAUCACUCUUCCGAUUUGCUGAUAUCGUCGCUCUUUGUGUUCAGUCUGAGCCCGAAUAUCGGCCAUCUGUGUCAGAGGUGGUUCAGGCAUUGGUGCGAUUAGUUCAGCGUUCAAGUAUGAAAAUGAGAGAGGAACUUGAAGCCUAUGGUCGGAUCGAUGAUUAUGAUGACUCAUCCAUUGUAUAAAUGUCACAUAUUGAAUGAAGAAGCCCUUGCCACCCCCACUUCUCAACUCGUGGUCACUUCGAUAGAUGUACUAUUUAUAGAAAUUUCAGUGAUCCCAGCGUUUUGAAUUUUUUAUUUUUUUUCUUCAUAAAAGUAGUCGUAGGUUGUACUAGAAAAGCUUUUGGAAAAUUAUAAAGAUUUGUUUUUUGGAACAAUUUUAGGGAGAUAAUUAUUGAGAUGUGUAAAACCCAAGAAAAAAGGAUACCUGGUUGAACACAAGUAUUCCUGUUUGGCUGUGUUGAUGCGUUUCGUACACUUACAAGUUUGAAACAUGGAGGGAGCAGGAUACUUUUCUAUUAAGAUGGUGUUCGGUGACUUUGGUUAGGCAACUAAAAUUGCUUUGACAAGUUUUUCUUAUACAAUCUUUUAUAUCAUACGCAUACAA